AAAUUAGAAAACAACACGCGUCGUGUUUUACGUCAUAUAAACGAUGCUAUGCGUAAUUCGAAUCUGAGGCGUCUGUUAUCCUUUUUCACGAUCGGCAAAAUCCUCAACAUUGUGCUACAUGUUACUGAAGGAUAUAAGAUUAAUAAUAUGGUGUCUGUAAAAAAACUCGGACUUGCCGGCUCCUGUACGUUUUCCAUGAUGUUUAUUAUCUACACUGCAGUAUUUCCUGCUAUAUUGAAAUCACAAGUCAAAUCUCAAAUUAGGUUGAAAAAGGGAGAUGAAAUGCGCGAUUUUUGGGAGAAACUUCCGCAGCCACUAGAUUUCAAGAUCUACAUUUUCAACGUAACAAAUCCAUCUGAAAUUAAAACAGGAGCGAAGCCGAUUGUGCAGGAAGUGGGACCUUUUCAUUAUGAUUUAUAUCGAGAUAAGGAGAACAUUGAGGACCGGGACGCAGAUGAUACCGUCGAGUAUAGUUUACGACAAACUUGGCACUUCAAUCCGGAAAAGAGUGUUAUGUCGGAGAAUGCGGAGAUUUACACGUUUCAUCCCCUCAUGAUAGCAAUAAUUCUGAUCAUACAAAGAGAUAAGCCAACUGCGAUGGGGGUCAUCAGCAAGGCGCUUGAUAGUAUCUUCCAGAAACCCGAAUCAAUAUUUAUUAAAACUAACAUGAAAGAACUAUUCUUCUAUGGUUUACGUGUCGAUUGUUCGGAGAUAAAGGAUUUCGCUGGAUCCGCAGUGUGUAGCGCGUUACAAGAAAAGGAAGAUAUUCUCAUCCGAGAGGCUGAAUUACGUUAUAGAUAUGGUUUUCUCGCUAAGGCAAAUGGAACCUAUUUCCCAGAUCGCAUAAGAGUAUUUCGAGGAAUCAAGAAUUAUAAAGACGUCGGACGUGUAUUAUCGAUAGGAAAUGCAACGAAAAUGAGUAUAUGGCCUGAUAAUCCAUGCAACGAUUAUCGCGGCACGGAUGGAACUAUUUUUCCGCCGUUUCUCACUGAAGAUAGAGAUGUUUGGGCAGUCUUUCCAGACAUCUGCCGAAGUAUACCUGCUUAUUAUGUUGAACCAGGGAUGGUUCAAGGUUUCAAAACGCUGCACUAUACGGCAGAUUUGGGCGAUCCGUCUACGGAUGAGGAUGCCAAGUGUCUCUGUCUCGAGCCUGAGGGAUGCAUGCCGAAAAAUGUAUAUAAUGCAGGUCCCUGCAAAAGCGUGCCUAUAAGAAUAAGCUUACCUCAUCUUCUUGAUUCGGAUCCACGAUAUCUCGAAAUGAUCGAUGGAUUGAAUCCUGAUCCUGAGAAGCACCAGAUGACUUUCGAUUUUGAGAUAAUGACAGGUACUCCAAUAAGAGCAUAUAAGAAGAUUCAAUUCAACGUGUUGGUCGGACCUAUUCCUAAACUUAAAUUAAUGAAAUCCUUCCCGGAAGUGCUCUUCCCGAUAUUUUAUGUAGAGGACGGACUUGAACUAGGGGAAGUUUUGAUAAAACCAUUGAAAGUUGCGUAUAAACAAAUUUUAGUCGCAAAGAUAUUGAUGUGGUUCAUGAUGCUGAGUGGGAUAGGCAUGAUGAUUGCUGCUGCAGUGAAAUAUUAUAAAGAGAAGAAUGCGGACAAGGUUACACAACCAGAUCUUUUGCCAAAAUCAGGCAAGGAAGAGAACAGCGCGUCACGAAAACCGACAAUCAGCACUAUACAAGCUGAAAUGGUACCACCCAACAUUGAUUAACAAUUAUUCUCAACAGGGAGUAAUAAUUAUUCGUUACCUAAUCUAUAUGAAUACCAAAAAGGUUAAGAAAUGACAGUAAUCACGCAAUAUCGAUUUCGAUUCAAGUGUUGAAAAUAAUAAUAAAAUUUUGAAG